GCUGCACUAUGCUAUGGGCAGGGGCCCGCGAUGGCCGAUGAUCAAGAGCAGCAUGAUGCAUGAGACAUGUAUUCGGACCCAGAGUAUACGUCUAUAGGCAGAACAUCUCCAAGCAGCGCCAACAACAAAACACACGUUCCUUCUUCUCGCUGAAGCUGAGUGAACGUACUUUGCCUAUUAAUACUGAAGGGACCUGUUGACAGUUGAGUUAUUACGGGUCAGGAGCGCGCUCAAAGGAAGCUUGACAACCUCGUCAAUUCCUGCCGACCGCUUAUGCAGAACAAAUGACUGCCCCUACCAGACCGCUGAAUUAAAUUUAUCGCCUGGGAGCUCCAAAGACAGUCCACCAGUUCAGCAUGAGUCUAUUGAAGAUCCCCUUUCUCGUAGCUUCCGCCGUCGGCGUCCAAAUUUCGUUGACUUCUUCUUCUCGACCACCGUCAUCUGAAGAGAAGGUGGUGCCCACCAAGUUCGAAUCGUUCCUCAGAUGGGUUCUGGCACUUCGCGGUCUAGAGUUUAUGAAGAUCGCCGUAUGGGCAGCAUCGUCUGCUGAAGUGGCCAAUAUUCUUGCCAUGAAUAUAGCUCCCUCGCAGUUUCCGGAGGGCAUCUAUGGUGCUAGAAUUUUGCAGCUUCUGCGCUCCGUUCACCCCACGCCAGUCACCCCCGUCUUCCUUGCCAGCAGUCUUGCUGUCACAAUUGGGGGCGCGUUGAGGCUUUAUUGUGUGUUGACGCUAGGAAAGCUUUGGAGCUUCCAACUUAGCGUCAGAAAUGAGCACAAACUUGUGACAAGUGGGCCGUACUCUGUCGUUCGCCACCCAAGCUACACUGGCCUCCUUCUCCAAUCCGUCGGGAUCAUCGCCAUGUACGGAAGCCCGGAGUCGUGGAUGAGGCAGUCUGGGAUUCUACAAGUGCCUUUUGUUAAAGUACUAGCGGCGAUUACCUUCUUUUUAUUUACAGUAAGUGUUUGGAUUGCCAUCAGCCGACCUUCGGUGGAGGACAAGAUGCUCCAACAUGCUCUGGGAGAAGAAUGGGAGAAUUGGGCGAAGAAGGUGAAAUAUCGUUUACUUCCUGGUGUUUAUUGAUUACAUCUAAGUAUACUGGGCGUUCUGCAGUGUACUAGUUUACUUCUUGUACAAUGUACCACAUGACAGGUAUUGAUUAUAUGUUGUACAUCACAGUUACUC